CGGGGCGAGGCCUGCGCUCCGAGCGGGUGGUGGGUCAUCGACGGGAGGGGGGACCGUUUGUCCGGGCGUUGGGAGGCGAAGAGGGCGGAUUCCGAAGGAGGAAAACAACUAAAAAAAUCCCCCUGACGUCGAAGGAGAAGGGGGGAAGCAGAAAAGGGUCGGACAACGCUGGGCCGGAAGUGAGGUGUCUGAGGGUAUUUCUUGCCUUUGCUGCGGCUGGGGCAGUCGGUCAGUUCUGUUACCCCAGCUGAGGAGGCUCAGCGAGCCAGGACUGCCCUGUGGUGGGACUCGCCCAGGAACCCCUCCCGAGACGGGCGGUGGACGGCCGUGAACGCGCCGGUUUAAUUUCUGCUGCGGUCCGGUUCUGGGGGCUGGAGUACGCCCCCCCCCCGGUGAUCUCCCAGCAAGCUGUUUCCUGCGGCAAGGAACGAGAUGGUGCGAUCGAUGUUGGCUACAGCCACCAGCCUGGUGCUCACCACCACGGUGAUCACCCACGCCUACUACCUGAAGCGUCAGUUCUACCCCACGGUGGUGUACCUCACCAAGUCCAGCCCCAGUAUGGCAGUGCUGUACAUCCAGGCGUUCGUCUUGGUCUUCCUGGUCGGCAAGUUCAUGCGAAAGGUGUUCUUCGGGCAGCUGCGUGCUGCAGAGAUGGAGCAUUUGAUCGAGCGCUCCUGGUACGCCGUGACUGAGACGUGUCUGGCCUUCACCGUCUUCAGGGACGACUUCAGCCCGCGCUUCGUGGCCAUCUUCACCCUGCUCCUCUUCCUCAAGUGCUUCCACUGGCUGGCUGAGGACCGCGUAGACUUUAUGGAGAGGAGUCCGAACAUCUCAGUGCUGUUUCACUUCCGGGUCACUUCGCUCAUGGGCUUGCUGACCGUGCUGGACCUGCUCUUUGUGAACCACGCCUGUCACAGCAUCAUCACUCGAGGAGCCUCUGUCCAACUGGUGUUCGGCUUUGAGUAUGCCAUCCUGCUCACCAUGGUCCUCACCAUUUUCAUCAAAUAUGUUCUGCACAGCAUUGACCUGCAGAGCGAGAAUCCCUGGGACAACAAGGCCGUUUACAUGCUCUACACAGAACUCCUGACUGGGUUCAUUAAAGUUCUGCUCUACAUGGCUUUCAUGACUAUCAUGAUCAAGGUGCACACGUUCCCCCUGUUUGCGAUUCGCCCCAUGUACCUGACCAUGAGGCAGUUCAAGAAGGCGGUGACAGAUGCCAUCAUGUCAAGACGAGCCAUCCGCAACAUGAACACACUAUACCCUGAUGCCAGCCCGGAGGAGCUGCAGCUGACAGACAACGUCUGCAUCAUUUGCCGGGAGGAGAUGGUGACUGGGGCAAAGCGGCUGCCUUGCAACCACAUCUUCCACACCAGCUGCCUCCGCUCCUGGUUCCAGCGCCAGCAGACCUGCCCCACCUGCCGCAUGGACGUGCUGCGGACCACACUGCCCACACAGACGCCUGCACCAGCGCCCGCACAGCCGCAGGCGCCCAUUGUGCCCCAGCAGCCAAACCUGCCUCCAGGGAUGAUGCCACCCUUCCCGCCGGGCCUCUUCCCCUUCUGGCCGCCCGUGGCAAACCUGGGCCAGAACUUCUUCCCCCAGGCCCCGGGCGCGGCUCCCAACACACCGCAGCCCGGUGCUUCAGCUCCCUCCGGGUCGGAUGCUCAGUCUAACGCUGCUAACAGCGACGCAUCGCGGGCCGGCGAAACGGCGGCAGGGACCGGGCUGGAACCACCGCCAGCAGGAUCGAUCCCGGGAUUCCCCUUCUCCUUCCCUCCCUUCCCGUCGGCCCCCUGGAUGGGAAUGCCGCCGCCACCCUUCGCGAUGCCUCCGAUGCCGAUGCCCCCCUCCGGUUUUGCUGGGCUGACGGAAGAGGAGCUGCGGGCGAUGGAAGGGCAGGAGCGGCAGAACCUGGAGGCCCGGCUCCAGUGCCUGCAGAACAUCCACACGCUGCUGGACGCGGCCAUGGUCCAGAUCCACCAGUACCUCUCGGUCGUCGCUACCCUCAGCCCCCCGAGGCCACCGGCAGCAGCAACGGCUGAGAGCGCGGUACCGAGCACGGAGACGGCGGAGCUGGCGGCUGGAUCGCAGGCGAGUUCGCCAGGAGAGCCCGGCCCCCCUCCGGCUGACAACAGCCCGACACAGCCUGCUCCUACGCCCGAAGAAAUAGGUCAGAGUGAUCUGGAAGGCGCUGUGGGCUACACCUCGCAGCCCUCGGACAACCUCCCGGAAGAUGGGGAAGAGUCUCUCGGAGAGCCGGACGCCGCCGAACUGCGCCGACGGAGACUACGGAAGCUCGAGCAGCCCAAUGCCCAGCACUAACUGCCCCCUCCCGGACUGGACUGCACGGCUUGAGAGUAGGGUGGCAGGGAGGGCGAGAAGAUGCCCGGGAUGGGGAGGAUUUCUCUGGUUUCCUUCCCCCACCCCGAGCCCUUCUUCCCCCACCCCACCCUACCCUCCCAAACCCUUGACCCUCGGCAUUCGCAUCAAGUGACACCGAUUUAUCCGAUUAAUGAGACCCGGCCUUCGGCGGUCUCCGGUGAAUGAAAGCGUACACCAGCUGCCACCUUUCGUCCGGUCCCCUUCACUCGGGUGGCCUUGAACUAUCGAAACAACACGGAGAGGCUUCGCUGUGUCCUUCGAGGGCAGCCAAUGCUGCCGUCGCCCGUCUCCCGUUCGCCACUGCAGCUCCCCCACCAAAACCACCACCACACAAGCCUUGCGAGAACAUCCACUGACACAGUCUCCACAUGAGGACCUGGAGUUGACGUACCAGCUGGUGAUGUCCUGUCCCUUCUCCCCUCCCCAGCACCUCCCUGACUGGUUCAACAGCUGUCCUCCAGGUCACCCAGCUUAGUCUAGCAGCUCAGCUUAUGGCAGGGGUCAGAACCACUUGUGAGAUAAAACUGUGAUAAAUAGCCAUGUCCAGACCUCUCCUCUGUCUGUCGCUCAUUAACUUGACAAACUUGGCGCCCUCAGUUGAAACUUUGGAGCCGGGCGGCCCUGAAAUAACUUCCGAAUCGUUACCUGGUAUGAAUAUGAAGCUAUUGCAAACGUGUGGAUGACUUUUUUACUGAAGACGGGAGAUGAGGGACAACGUCCUUCUGCGGUCAAGUAGGGAGUUCGUGGGCAGGGAAAGAAUCUGAGACGAGGUUUUUGCAAAACGAGAUGAGGCCCGACUGGUGUUGUGAGCCCCAAAGUGGAGAAAUGGGAAUCAUCCCAGAUUCAGACUGGAGCUAGCUGUGAUUUGUAUCAACCCAUUUUUUUUUUUGCUUCAAGCAGUUUGUUUUUGGUUUGAACCCUUACAGGAGAAUUUUGACUUUGAGUGCAAGUUGGGUAUUCAGUGCAGGGAGGUUACAGGCGAGCAGAUUGCUUCUGGUCCUCUCCUGAGGAUCACGGGGCAAGUUCGGGGAGGUGCCAGGUUUGUCUGUGUGUCUGAAACUGUGACAGGGUCCGCCAGAGUGACCUAAACGGAUUUGACUGGUGAGUGGACGCUGUGUACUCAAACCUAAGAGUCGAGGGGAAAGGCACGUUUCAUCCCUCGUUCACUCUGUUCUUUUGAAGAGAUAUUUUAUAGGCCAGAAUUAGUGAGGGGGUGGGGACUGUGCGUGUAUUCAAUCCUCUCUCCUCCCCUCUUAUCUGCUCAGUUUUCCGAGUGUUAAUUUAAUACGGUGGAAUUGUUGGAAGCUGCCUCACUAAGAUAGACUUAAUAAAGUUUGCCCCUUAUCACUGCGCCCCAAACAAUGCACCAUCUGAAUCAGGGUGUUAUGAAAUUGGGAGUUUUCUCCUGCCGUCAACUAUAUGACUUCAUGACAGGACAUCUAAGGUUCGUCCCUUCAUUUGCCCCACCACCACCACCUUUGGGAUUGCUCGAUCGAUUGACUCCAGGGGCAUCCAGCCUGUACCAGUGUGCCACUCGAGUUCGACUGGCACAGGGGUCUCGGCGCCGUUUGCGCCUGGCAAUGCGUCAUCCUGGAAAUUGCUUUGUUUCCUGGCACAUCCUUCACCCUGUGAUCAUCAGCCCAGCACCCUUUCCUGUACCCGUUCACCCAUUUUUUGUUUGUUUUGAACAUCUUUCCAGCGUUGGGGGGGAGGGUGCGGAACAAAGGGCGGGAUAGACUAAGUGAGGUGAGAUUAAUUGCUGUAGUGCACGAGGUCUGCCAGUCUUUGCGCUCCGUCUCAGAAUCCCUCCACCGGGCGCUGCGUACCUGGUCUACCAUUGGCACACCUUGCUGCUGGGCUGGUGGCUGCAGUCAGCCUGACGGGGAGGUUGGGGAGCGCUCCCGUCCUGUUCCUCUCCCACGGGCCGCCGAAAAGUUUUACCCUGCGUGUGGGCUUUGGUUCGGCGAAUGUCUCUGCCGCCAGUGUUCCAUUCCACUCUAGACUGUUCCAGAGGUGCUCCAGUGCUUGGUGGUGGGGGGAUAGAUCGGUAGGAUUAGUGCAUUUAGCCAUUUCCCAAAGGUUGACCAACUCAUUCAGAUCACUGCGCCCUUGGAUGGAAAUCCACAGUUGGUUUCGACCCAGUCGCUCACUCCCGAGGGAGAGGGACUUUGGGUUGGCCCACAUGCUGAUAUUCGGGAGCAGAGUCGGGUUGUGUUCCAGCGUAGACUCUUUUCAGGUGACCUGGUCCAUUGAACUUCAGGUGGUGGGGGGGG